UUGUAUCAACGGUUGCUAUUCACCACACGCUAAUUUUUUAAUUGAAUUAAAAACUUCUUUUAAUGCUAUUGUGGUGCAAAUAGGUGUUAAAUGGGCGAAUCGUCACGGUAUUUAAGGAGCAGUAUGCCCAACAGUGACGCAACAGACAGGAUAUUGGACAAUAUGGAUGCGCAACUCAACGGGGUUUCUCGUUUAGCAUACAACAUGACAUCUGAUGUAAAUGACGAUCCAGGCACUGACAUUGAAAGUAUUCGAGCGUUCAGAACAUCAAUUCAACUUCAUAAACAUAAAGAUAUAGAAAGCCAACCAAGAUCUUAUACAAAAGCAAGCAAUGGUACAGCACCGGAAAAUAAAGGAUAUUUACACAAGUUGUACGAUAAUGAUAUCAACUUGUUAAGAGAACUUCUGAAACAGAACAUUGCAAAUGAAGAGGAGGAAUUCGAAGGCGAAGAAAAACAAGUUUUAAAUGGAGACAGUAGUUCACAUAGUCCGCAUAACUCAGUAUUGAACCGAUCUAAUGGAGAUCAUUCGUCUAUGGUUGAUCAACAAAUGAAUAAAUCCAAGUCACCACCAUCAUCACUAAGAUCUGGUGAGUUGGUUCAUGAACCUUCAGCAUGUAGUUGUGGGUGUGAGAAACAGAUGGACAACAUCUUGAAAGAGCGAGAUGAAUUAAGAGCAAGAGUGAGAAGAGGAGAAGCAUCUCGUACCACUAUUGAAGAGAGAAAGGAAUUAGAGAGAGCUCUUCACUCAACUAAGUCAGCUUUGUUUCAAGAAAGGAAAAAAUCUCGACAACAAAUUGAAGAUUUACAAGAUAAACUUGAAGAAAUGGAACAUCAUUAUGAGGAGGUUAUGGGAGGCAGGGAAACAAUGAAUGGAGAAGUUACAACUGUAAAGGUCGUUGAAAAAGAAGAAAACCCAAAUAUUUCAGCGUUGAAAGAUAAUUUAAGAUCAGCUCGCGUUGAAUUAAAAAUAAGUCAAGAAAGUUUGAAGACGUUACAUGCGAACUUUGACAGGUGGUUUGAUGUUGGUAUAUUAGUUCGUUUGGUUGUUUGUAAAUAAAGUAAGUUAUAUAUA